AAAAGUGAAAAACACACGCGAACUUUGCCAAGUUACACGUAGCGUUAGUUGUUAGACUGUUCUUCCUCCCGCCGUCGAUGGCAUCCGCGGCGGUGCUCCUCUCCCGUCUCCGCCGUUCACGUCCUUCCUCACUUCUCUAUCUAUCACGUGUCCUCACUUCUCAUCUCCCUCCUCCACUCCCCUCUCCCACCACGCCUCACUCUCCUCCAACUCCCUCCUUUCUCGACGCGUUCCGCACUCGCGCUUUCUCCACUCGCUCUUUCCAUGACCACGAAUUAGAGACAGACUCGUUCGGUCUCGAGACUCCGGUUCACUCGGAGAUUCUAAAAGCGGUCGUUGACAGCGCCGGUGCCGGCGGCGAAGACAACCCGGCUUUCCCCGUUCGUGCGGUGAUUUCGAUGCUCGACUCAUUCCACGAUCUUACUGGAUUUCCAUGGUGGAUAACUAUAGUUGCGUCUACUUUGGCUUUCAGAACUGUUAUGCUUUUUCCUUUAAUUCUUACGCUUCACAAGGUUAAAAAGAUUGCAGAGUUUGUACCUAAAUUGCCCCCUCCAUUCCCACCACCUUUCUCAGGAAAGAGUUAUAUACGGCAGUUUUUAUUCUUCGAGGAGAAGAGAAAAGCAGUUGGAUGCCCUUCAUAUGUGUGGCCGCUGGUACCAUAUAUAGUUCAGGUUCCCUGCUUUUUCUUGUGGAUGAUUAGCAUAAGGAGGAUGUCCGUGGAUGGUCACCCUGGUUUCAACUGUGGUGGUACUUUAUGGUUCCAGAAUUUAACAGAACACUCUCACGGUUAUUCAGGGUUCAUUUUUCCUUUUCUGGCAGCUGGUUUGCACUACAUUAUUGUUCAGGUAUCCUUUAAGAAACCUUUGGUUGCAGAAACGCAGGACAUUUUUGACUUGCUAUCCACUUACUACAAGCGAUAUUUGGACUCUCUAACGCUGCCUAUAGCUGUCAUUAACUUUUGUAUUCCUCAGGGAAGCCAACUCUAUUGGAUUACAAAUAGUUCAUUAACGCUCACUCAGCACUUUGCUCUUAGAAAUCCUACUAUCCUUGCAAAGUUGGGGUUACUUGACAAGAAUCAUCAAAAAGCAGCUUCUGACGAAAUCGGUGCUUCUAAAACAUCCUCUUUACUGGGGGUGCAAGGCAAUAGUACAACAGCAGCUAUCAAGGAAACUGUUUCUCCUGAAAAGAACCCGCUGGAUUCACCUGAAAAAUGGCAUAAAAUACCUGUAGAGAACAUGUCCUCUGUAGAACUGACCACUCUUGCAGUUCCAUUUCUAUCCAGUAAUGAUAAAGAAAGUGCAAUACCUUUACUAAAACUGGCACUUGAUAAGGACCCUGAAUACUUGCGAGCUUUGGUUUUGAUGGGACGAGUUCUAUUGCUGAAGCAAAUAAAUGAUGAAGCUAUCAAAUACUUUGAGCGAGCAAUAACAAAGCUUUUACUCACUGGCCACCCAACUGAUCCAGAAGAGGUUGAUUUUUUGAUUCUUUCAUCCCAAUGGGCUGGAAUUGCAUGUGAACGACAGGGAAAGAGGGAUGAAGGGCGUGCACACUUUGAAAGAAUUGCAAAUAUGGAGGAGCCUGAAGAUCCUACUAGCAAAGGCUAUUAUUUUGAUGGGUUGCUGCUGCUUGCCAGCACUCUAUAUGAUGCUGGUCAAAAGGCUGAAGCUGCAAAAUAUCUGCGUCCUGUUGUUGCUUUUAAUCCUGCUUAUAAGAAAUUCUUGGAACAGUGUGAGCAAGAUGAAGAUUUUGCGAGUGAUCUUGCCCGUAGCAGGAGAGAACUCUGAUUUCAGUUAAUUUACUGAUGUCUAUAUUUUUUGUAUUCUAUAUCUAAUCAGUGUAGUUUUCCCUUUCAUUUCUUGUUCGCUUUACGGUUAUUUAUUUAUAUAGAUAAUAAUAUAUUUUCUUGUAAAAUAUUA